UGAAUAUCGUACGGGUGAAGACGUCUUCUGUUCGUCUGGCUCUGGCUCAAAUUCCCAUAACAAAUAAUAAACCAAAUAAUCAACCUUAGUGAGACAACAUCAACAGCAAUAACAAUAACGAAAAAUAUGCAACAAUUUAAGUAAUAUUCACAAGAAAAACGAAAACAAAAAAAAUAAAAACAGUACGAAUAACCCAGUCGGAGAGCGGAAAAGUUGUCAUAAAUAAGUUUACGGCGAAACCUCUAUAUUACUUCAAUCACGAAACUGAAAGCAAAAAAGGAAGCUGUGCAGAUUGAGUUGCUGCCACAGUUACUUACCUGAGUUACCUGAGAGUGUUACUGCUCCACAAACUGACAUUCAGAGCACUGCCAAUGAUGCUGAUGCCGCUUAAAGGCGAUUCCAACAACAAAAUGCGGAGAACUCAGCUUAAUUUGUUUUGCGCUCUCCUAGUAAUGGCAAUCUUUGGCCUUACAAAUGCCGAAACAAAGUAUCGAACCCCUGCUCGGAUAUUAGCCAAACAGACUGGAGCUACGCAAUUCGAGGAGGAACGCUAUGAGACGCAUACUAACUGCAAUGAACACAAACACCAUCUGAAGAAGCGUGCCUCGGAUGAGGAUGUGGACUACGAGGUGUACCAGGGUGUAGUCGGGCGACCGGGCAUUGAUUUUCCCAUAUACCCACGUAUCCCAAGGACCUCGUUUAGCUGUCGCUCGUAUGGGAAUGGCUACUUUGCCGAUAUGGAAACUGAUUGUCAGGUCUUUCACAUUUGCGAAGAGGGUCGUAAGAUCUCGUUCCUCUGCCCCAAUGGCACCAUCUUCCAGCAGAGCGAGCUUACCUGCGACUGGUGGUUCAAGGUAAACUGCCUUGGAUCUUCCGGAUAUUACGCCGAGAGUGCCGAGAUCCUCAACAAGCAGCGUGUGCACCGAGUUCGUCCUUCAGUUCCAGUGCAGGGCUUCAAUAUUGUGGGAGGCGGACUAAAUAUUAAGCCCAAAGUAACACCAGUUGUUGGACAGGGCAGAUCUGGACCUCGCUCCAAUUCCGAUAGGCGCAUUGAUUCCACCGAAGAUGUACCCGCCUCUGUGGAGAGUGUGGACUUUGACGACGUUUCUGGGGAGAAGCAGCGAAAAGUCCUUCCCAGUACUGACAAUAACAGUAAUGACCACGAAACCCAAAUAACGGCGGAGAGUUCAUCCUUUGUGAGUGGAUCCGGAAAGAGACGAGCCAACAAGGAAGCCAGUCCCAGUCGGAACAGCAACGAUGACACCACACUUCUGAAACCUUCGCGCAAUAGGGCACCUGCGGCUUCCCAGGAAAGAGGAGCUUCCACUGAAAGGGCCAGGAAUGGGCAACGAGGACAACAGCGUUACAAGGACAGCGGCAGCGAGGAACUCAGCAAGGAAAAGGAGAAGCCAGCCAAGGACACCAAGCCCGAGUUCUUUGAGGCGCACUCUACCAGAUCCGUUCAGCAGACCACUCCCCACUACUCUGCCGGAAGUUACUCCACCGUUCGUCGUUUGGAGCCCAGCAAGUCCACGCCCUUCUAUACGCCCACUGUGCCCAGUUUGGUCAAGACGAAGUCCACGGAUGGAAAACUCAACUAUAUCAAGGGCGGUCUUGCGGCUACCACACCGAAUCCCAAUCGCUUUGUGGGCAACACGGGCCUCUUCCUGGAAUCCUCGGCAGCCCCAAAGGUCAAACCCACUGCCAGUGGCAGCAUUGAGUUGGACAGCACCUACAAGCCUGUGGUGAUUGGCAUGCGACACCACUACGACGUGGCCAGCUCCGGAGAAUUCCGGCUGCCGGUAAAGUCCAGCGAAAGUCGUGACUACUUGCCCACAACUCCUGCUCCAUCGGCUACCAGCAGUGGACCCACUUAUCUGCCCAAGAGCGCCAAAUCGCCCAGAGGAAAUGCUGCAGCGGCCGCUGGAGAGGAUGCCGUCUUGUUCGCGCCCAAUCCCAUCAAGGAUGAGUCUGUCUACCGCAAUGUGCAGGAGAUGCUCAAGACAAUGAAUCUACUCAAGGAUCAGUUUGAGGAUGUUGAGCUGAAUGCUGCGGCAGCGGCACCCGCCAGGGUUGGACUGGAGAUACCACCUUCCUCGGGACCUGAUGCCCUCGUUUCACUGGCCAAGUACUUUGCCCAGGAGCACAAUGAAACCGGCAACGCCUUGGGUAAGCCAGAAAAGUCCGAGAAAACCGACAAGAAUGGGGUAAAGACCAAGCUCUCCGUCAAACCGCCACCACUGCCCACUGUGAAGCCCUCGGACACCACUGCUUUGCUGACCACCUCCGAAAAUCCUCCAGCCAUUAGCGAAAAUGCGGAUGACAUUAAGAAGAGUCUCCUAAGCGACAACACUGUUCAGAAGUACAGUACUCUCUUUGGUCUUAAGGCCGCUGAAGGUCGCGGAGUAGCCAAUGGAGAUAUAAGUUCUGGUCUUCUGUCCAACCAACCAAACGGAACCCAAUCCGAGUCUGGCUCCAAGUACCAGCCAUUCCCGCAAAUCGGCAGUACGGGAUCCACUAUUGGCGCUCUGGCCGAAAAGCCCGAGUCUCGCAAGAUUGCCCAGAUCUUCUCGAAUGCUUUGUCCAGCUACUUGGAUAACCCAGCAACCUUCAGAGCGGAAUUAGCUGCCCGGGCUCGUCCUACUGAGCCACCAAGUACGCCCAACUUCCGUCCCGUGACCACAACAGAUCCCUCACUUUUCAGCGACGGCACGGCCAAAUACUAUCUGCCCACCAAGGGAUUACCCGAGGUGACCACGCCAACGCCAAACAGCAUAGCUGCGGAGAUCAAUCACAAGUUUGAUUCAACUCCGUCCCCGGAUUAUUCCACUACUACGGAGCUGUACGAAGCCAGUACCAUAAGGGGUCAGGAUCUGGAGUUGUCGGCUGAGCUUUCGCCACCAAGUCCCGAUUCUGGAGAAGGCGAGGAGAUCUUGCAGCAGCAGCACACCCAAUCCUUUGUCAAAUCCCGCAAUGAUCUGCUGAAGGAAGCCAGACCACAGAAGCUAGUGACUACCCACAAGCCCACUGAGCACCCGUGGGCUCUGAAAUCGCAGACCGACUUCCUGGAUCCCCUGACCAUCAACGAUGGUCUGAUGAAGGAGCAGAGGACAUCGACGACCAGUAGCACGACCACCACGACACCGAAAACAACGACAACUGGAACUCCGUUUGCAUACAGGGUGACCACGCCCACGCCAUCGCGGUACGAGUGGGAGGAUAUUUUCCGGAGUUAUGACAUUCCCAGGGAUGCGCUGCCGUCGAGCAGCGGCCUGCAGAGGAUUGCCAAUAAGUUGUUCGGAGGCCUCAACGAGCAGGAGGCACUGCAUCUGCGCAAUGUGAUGGCCAAGGCGGAGCACGACCGCCAGGUGCUGAGCCUAUUGCUGCUGCUCAUCCAGACCUGCGAUGACCACAAUGGACAGGCGCUGGAGCGGAGUAGGAAGCAUCUGCUUAAUGCCCUUAUCGACAUCGACAGCAAGAAGUUGGCAGUGGGGGGCAAGAGCUCCAGGCAGCGGGUGGCGACCACCACCAACCGCGUUCCAGUGACCACCUUCCGACGGGGAAGCGAAUACGUAACCAGCACCACGCCGGGCUACACGACGACCACGGACGUGCCCACCACAACGGGAGCGGGCAGCUACGAGGAGACAACCAAGUUCGAGAUCCGGGUCGAGGAGCUGGACGAUGUCAAUCUGACGACGACGGCGGCGCCUCUGCUGCUCGAAGGAAACUCAGACCGACGCGCCCUGGAGCUGCUCAAGUCAUUAUAUUCGCUGGCCUCGAAGUUCAGCAGCCGGCGGUAGAGCCAGGACGGUUCCUAGUGGUGCACGAAACCUAACUUUAGUCAACUCCACUACACUUUCUUCCUUUUACUUCCUAAACUUUUGAUUUAGUUCCAUUUAAAAUUAAUGCAUGCCCCCCUAUUUUUGAUUUUGUUAAUUGACUUCGUUUAGCCAAUGCAAUUUGCGCAAUUAGUUUGUAAAUAUGUAAACGAAAUACUCGAGGAUCGAGGUAGAGAGAGCCCUGAAAUACUCCCAGGCCCGAAACAGGCAUAGAUUUGGUUGUUCCUGAUGCCCAGCCAAGCAGUUUCCAGUUUAAGAUAAUCAAGUUGUAUUAAAUUAGUUUCUUACUGCUUAGUCUUACGAACGAGAACACACCACUUUCCAUAAUAUCCAAUAUCG